GCGCAGGCGCAGUGCGUCGGUCACAGGCUGCUGUGGUAAGGUCCUCACUUCCAUUUGGUCUUGGCCUGGGAGAAGGAAAGAUGGUGCUGGAUCUGGAUUUGUUUCGUGUGGAUAAAGGAGGGGAUCCAGCCCUCAUUCGAGAGACGCAGAAGAAGCGCUUUAAGGAUCCGGGACUAGUGGAUCAGCUGGUGAAGACAGACGGCGAGUGGCGACGAUGCAGAUUUCGGGCAGACAACUUGAACAAGCUGAAGAACCUAUGCAGCAAGACAAUUGGAGAGAAAAUGAAGAAAAAAGAGCCAGUGGGGAAUGAGGAAUCCAUUCCAGAGGAUGUAUUAAAUCUUGAUGACCUCACUAUAAACACUUUAGCUGUGUGGGCCUGGCCUGUUCAUCUGCAGAACCUGAAAGUCUCACAAAUCAAAAAAGUCCGACUCCUCAUCGACGAAGCCAUCCUAAAGUGUGAUGCUGAGCGGGUAAAGCUGGAAGCAGAGCGGUUUGAGCACCUCCGAGAGAUAGGGAACCUUCUGCACCCCUCUGUGCCCAUCAGUAAUGAUGAGGAUGCAGACAACAAAGUAGAGAGGAUUUGGGGUGAUUGUACAGUCAGGAAGAAGUACUCUCAUGUGGACCUGGUGGUGAUGGUAGAUGGCUUUGAAGGCGAAAAGGGGGCCGUGGUGGCUGGGAGUCGAGGGUACUUCCUCAAGGGGGUCCUGGUAUUCCUGGAGCAGGCGCUCAUCCAGUAUGCCCUUCGCACCUUGGGAAGUCGGGGCUAUACCCCCAUUUACACUCCCUUUUUCAUGAGGAAGGAGGUCAUGCAGGAAGUGGCCCAGCUCAGCCAGUUUGAUGAAGAACUUUAUAAGGUGAUCGGCAAAGGCAGCGAAAAGUCUGAUGACAAUUCCUAUGAUGAAAAAUACCUGAUUGCCACCUCAGAGCAGCCCAUUGCUGCUCUACACCGGGACGAGUGGCUACGGCCAGAGGAUUUGCCAAUCAAAUACGCCGGCCUCUCCACCUGCUUUCGCCAAGAGGUGGGCUCCCAUGGCCGUGACACCCGUGGCAUCUUUCGAGUCCAUCAGUUUGAGAAGAUUGAACAGUUUAUCUACUCAUCACCACAUGACAACAAUUCAUGGGAGAUGUUUGAAGAGAUGAUCACCACCGCAGAGGAGUUCUACCAGUCUUUGGAGAUCCCUUACCACAUUGUGAAUAUUGUCUCAGGUUCUUUGAAUCAUGCUGCCAGUAAGAAGCUUGACCUGGAGGCCUGGUUUCCCGGCUCUGGAGCCUUCCGUGAGUUAGUCUCCUGUUCUAACUGCACGGACUACCAGGCUCGCCGGCUCCGGAUUCGAUAUGGGAAGACCAAGAAGAUGAUGGACAAGAUGAGGAAUAAUCCCCAUUUGUCUACACAGAACAAGUUGGAGGCAGUGUCUUCCCACUUCUCACCCAAGAAGGUGGAGUUUGUCCAUAUGCUCAAUGCAACAAUGUGUGCCACCACUCGCACCAUCUGCGCCAUCUUGGAAAACCACCAGACGGAGAAGGGCAUUAUAGUACCUGAGAAAUUGAAAGAGUUCAUGCCGCCUGAUCUCCAAGAACUGAUCCCUUUUGUGAAGCCUGCACCCAUUGACCAGGAGCCAUCAAAGAAGCAGAAGAAGCAGCAUGAGGGCAGCAAAAAGAAAGCGGCAGCAGGAGAUGUUGCCCUGGAGAGUCGGCUACAGAACCUGGAGGUCACCGAUUCCUGAACAUUCCUUCCUCCCAGCUCACCAGGCUGUCGUUUCUGUCAGCUGGGAUCUUAGGUCCUGCCCAGGGCAGGGAAGCCAAGCACCCAUUCAUUGCCCACCCCAUCUGACUGCAUUGCUGCGAGGGGAACCGUCUGCCACGUACAAUGUGAUCUUCCUGUCUCUCGCAUGGGCAUAGGACCCAAUCGCUGAUGACUGAUGAAACCAUGUAAUAAAGCAUCCCUGGGGGAGGCUAAGACCUCAGUCGUCUGCCUGGGGUUUGAACCCUG